UUUUUUUGAUCUCUGCCGCACAGAACGCCACAGUGAUUUUCUGUUUUGUGUUUCGAUUGAUAAUAAUUUUUGAUUUUAAUUUUUAACACUUCACACAAACUCAGCAUUUAAAAAAGUUUAUUUUAUCAAAAAAACAAUGAAAACACGAUUGCUAUAAACAAUCUAACCCCAUUAUCUUUAUCAAAAUAAACAAAAUAUUUGAUUUAAAAAAAUAAACCUUACGAAUUCAAUCCCACCAAAGCCAAACCAAACCAAAAAACCAUUAAAAAAAAGUCAGAUACAAACUCAAGUAACAAAAUACCAACAACCCUACAAUGGAACCAUCGGCAUGCGAAGGUAAUCAAAAUCUAAAGGCAUUUGAACGCCGUCUAACCGAAGUAGUCUCUUCAUAUCGGCCCUCAACUUUGCGAUGGAGAAUUGUUUUAGCUGUUAUAUCGAUGUGCACAGCGAUUGGCGCUUGGUAUUGGUUGCGCGACCCAAAGACUUCAGUUGUUCCGCUCACGGAAUCGCUUUUAAUUCAUCCAGUAUUUUCUUUUGCAACAUUAACGCUAAUUUUGCUCUUCCUGUUUGGCAUUCAUAAGCUUGUGAUAGCUCCACAAAUAAUAACCUCACGCAUGCGACUCGUUUUAGGCGAUUUUAAUAUGAGUUGUGAUGACACUGGCAAAUUAAUCUUAAAGCCAAGACCGAAUAACAACUGAGAUAUAGAGAAAAAGCCACGCAGGCGAACUAGUCUUUAGUGAAAUUGAAUUUUUUGGAGGACACGAAUGGAUUUUUUUGUUUACAAAAAAAAAAAAAAAAUAA